AUGACAACUUAUCCGCUAAAGUUUGUAUUUUUUCUAUCACUACUGAUCUCAUGUUUUGUAGCACAAUACAUUACUCAAAGUAAGCUUUCUUAAGUUCUUUUGAAUUUAAAUAUAAAUUUAUUUGAUAUAAUUUAGGCACAAUUUAAUAAAAUGAAUACAUUUUUAGAAUUUUGUAUAAAAGUUGCUGUUGUGACACUUUAUAAUAUAUACAAUAAUGUUUUUAGAUGGUCCUCCUCGUUUUAUUCAAAAUUCUCGAAAACACCAGUAUACAUUUCUUGGAGAUACCGUGAAGCUGAAAUGCGGUGCCGUGGGACGGCCGCAACCGAAAGUUCAUUGGUGAGUGGUUUUUAAAGCUAUUAUAUGAGCUGAAUAACUACAGUAUACUUCAUAUUAAAAAUUGCAAAAAUUUUUUUUAUUUAGGUAAUUUUUAGGUAUUUUGGCGAUGCAUACUUAAACUACACAUUUUUUACCGAAAAUCCUCGAUAUCAAGAUAAGGGCGUAGAGUUGGAGAUCCGAAGGGUGGAAAUUAAGGAUAAAGUAUGUUGCAAAUUUUAUUAUUGUAUUGUCGUUUAGGGUAAUUGGGCAUGUAAAGUGUGGAACAACGAAGGAACCAUUAGUAGGAAUUUCACGUUACAUAUAAUUGGUAAGCUGUGUGACAUUGCUUGUUUCUAGUGCUUUCGAAUUCUCUAAUAACACAAAAGAUUGCAAAACGUUCAAACUCGCACGCUGUUCGAAUUUUAACCGUCACAGCGUUUAAUUUCGCAAUAUAAUACACACGUUACUUUUUCGAUGUACCACAUUUUUAUUUUCUGUUUAAACAGAAAAGCUAAUUAUAGACUAUUGUGACUAUUUUCUGUCCACCGACGCCGAUGUUGUUCCUGUUAAAACGUCCGAAUCGUGUGUGUGCGAGUGGCUUUCUACAAAAGAUCCCGCAUUUAGUAAUGAAUUUGACACAUUUUACAAUGAUUAUUGCCAUGAGUACGCAAAAGACAUUGAAGUCACAAAGUUUCGUCAAAGUGGCAAUUUAAAUGUGCACUGUGUAAACGGAAGAUGUGAAGACGAAAAGAAAACAGCAUAUAGCGAUGGCACUUCCGAGCACGCUGAAGACACGUUUGCUGUGAACACGCCAUUAGGUAUAAAUUAAAAUAGAAGUUUAUUUUAGAUGCAGUCAAAUUUUUCGACGAAUUAAAACGGCUUGGAAUACCGGACGUACAACACAUGUUUCCUGGCUUAAUAAAUGAUAUAGAAAUGCUUAGACUGCGGCAUGCUUUAAAAUCAUACGAUGUUAAUUUAGAUACGGAAGAGAAAGUCAGGAAGGCACAACACAUUUUAAAAAAUCGCAUACCAGAAUUAGUCGAACAACACAAAAUGGACAAAAAAGUAGCUGAGAAGAAGGAAAUUGAAACUUUAAAGAAAGAAGCUCAUCAGGAUUUAACAAACAACAUUGAAGAUGGAGAUUAUGAAGAAUCAACUCAAAGGUAUCAUAUUUCUUUCAAAAAUUUAAUCAAAGAGUUAUAACUGUUCUUAAAAAUAAUUAGUAAAGUUAUUUUUUAAAAAUAAUUAUAAUAAAAUUCUAGUUUUGUGUCUUUGGCGCCGGCUUUAGCUUUACAAGCUACUACUCCAACGCACCCUAUAGCAGACAUUGGAGCAAGAGCAUUUAUAACUAACCGCCGACAUAAUACAUCAGACAGUGACAUUAACGUUGUUGUAAUUGAUGUUAAAGAAGAUCCCAUGCCAACGACUACUACACGAUCGUACACAAAUAUUUGGACAACAAGAAGGUGGAGGAUUCCAGAUGUGCCUACAAAACUGGCACCAUACUUUAAACAACCGAAUGAAGAAAAUACGAUAAUUUUACCAUCAGGUAGAACUUUAAAAUUAUCAUGCAAAGCAGGCGGUGUACCAGAACCUCAAGUAAUAUGGCGUAAAGAUCAUGAAGAAGUUGGUCCAGAAACAGAUCGGCGAAGUGGGGCCAUGUUUAAGGUCCGAAAGUGGUCUUUGGAAUUGGAAGACGCUUCAGAAGCGGAUUCAGGGCAUUAUUCAUGUGACGUUUUUAAUACCGCUGGCACAAUUCGUCGCGACUUUCGUGUCGAAGUCAGAGAUCGUAUACGUUCGAGACCGAUAAUAUUGCCUAAUGUGCUGAUUAAUCAAACGGUCAACGCAAACAUGACUGUCAAUUUUACCUGCCAAGUACUUUCUGACCUUAUUCCUCAUGUAGUGUGGAUUAAGUUAGUGAAAAUAGACGGUAGUUACAUCAGAUGGGAUGAAAAGCAAAAUAAAAACGUUUUUAAUUUUAUUGACAUGAACAAAAUUAAGGUAAUUAUUAUCGUUUUUUAAAAGUAUAUUUAUAUAAAAGAAUAUAUAACUUAAAAGUAUAUAUAAACAAAACCAAUUCUACAAUAAAAGAAUUCGUUAACUUAAAAAAUUUUAAAUGAACUUUAAAUUUUAGAAAGCCCGCAUAUUCCACGACAAUAUCAAUAAGCUUUACACAUUAGUAAUCUUUAAUACAUCAAUUUCUGAUCAAGGAAUCUACUCAUGUGUCGCUGGAAAUACCCUUGGUAUGGUAAGUAUGCCAUGUUGAAUAAAAACUUCAUUUUAAAACAAUUACAUUUUUAAAUUUGGAAAGUUAAACUAAAUGCUUGAAACACAAUGCCAAACUUUCUAAAUUUGCGUUAAACAAACAUUUUAAUAUUAAAAUUCAAAAGCGCAAACUAAAAUUUUUUUGGAUACUAUAGUAAUACAAAAGAAUUAUAUAAAAACUUUCAGCUGAUUUUGAGUGGGAAAGGUUGGGUAGCUUCCUUGUUAAUUUAAAAUUCAUUGCGAGAAAAUUUUAGUCAAUGGCCAACGCUACGCUAACAGUUCACGAGUUCCGUGCUAUGACCUUGCCUACCGAUAAUCCGUAUCCAGCAUGGCCACUUGCUUACACUGUGCUUUUGAUAUUGUUUAUAUUAAUGUUACUGUUGUGUGCUGGACUAGCUGCCUUAUAUUACUUUUUUUCUGAACGGCUUCAACGAAACCGAAUACAAAAUCUCGAUAAAAUGGCGGUUCGGAAAAAAGUAAGUUUGACAUUUUAGUUACCUUAUAUAGUGUUUCAUGCUUCACUUAAAAAAUUACCGUUGGCUAUUUUUAAUUUACCUUUAUCUGAGUAAUUUAUUGCCAACUUUAAGGUAAUUAUAACAAAAAAACCACAAAAAGAUGACGUGUGGUCAGACUUGGCUUCUACUUAUGCCAUUACCGUCGAACCUGUCAUUAGCGGCGAUCAACAACGUUUAAACUCUGAAGAAUCCGGAGUAAGCGAAUACGAAGUUCCAACUGAUAUGACUUGGGAAAUCGACCGAACUCGCUUAACUUUAACGGACAUCGUCGGAGAAGGCGCGUUUGGUGAAGUUUGGAAAGGCACCAUGGCUCCAAAAGGGAAAUCAGAUAGUAUUGAAACAAAAGUAGCAGUUAAAAAAUUGAAACCUACGGCACAAGAAAAAGAGCUGAUUAUAUUAGUUAGUGAAAUGCAAAUUUUCAAAAGCAUUGGACAACACGAUAACAUACUUAAGUUAAUUGGGUGUUGUACAGGAACGGGACCAUUAUUAGUCGUUCUUGAGUACUGUCCUCAUGGAAACUUACGGUAUUUAAAACAUAUUUUUAUUAUACUAUUAACAGUUGCACAUUGAAAUGUGAUACUUUUUAUAUAGAAAAAAUUUAACAAUGUUACACAGUUUUUUUACUGAAGUAUGCAAAGAAUUUUAAGUUUUUUUAAGAGACUUUCUACGCAGACAUCGCCCAAACCCAGCUAGCGACUGCACAGAAAACGAAAACAACAGUUUAAUAUAUGAGACAACGCACAAUGUUUCAACAAUUGAAAAACAACCAUCUCUAGAAAGUUUAACCUUAAAAGACUUAAUUAGAUUUGCGACCGAAAUUGCACACGGAAUGGAGUUUCUGGCCAGCCAAAAAAUAAUUCACCGUGAUUUGGCAGCACGCAACAUCUUGGUAGCCGAAGAUUACAGUAUGAAAAUAUCAGACUUUGGGCUGUCUAGGAACGUUUUCUAUCAGGACUACUAUCGCAAAAAAGGAGCUGGUAGAUUGCCCAUAAAAUGGAUGGCACCAGAAGCACUUGAAGCUAAUGUGUAUACGGUUUACAGCGAUGUUUGGAGUUUUGGAAUUGUUUUAUGGGAAAUUAUGACUUUGGGUGGUACUCCGUACCCAAGUAUUUCAAUGCCACAGCUUUACAACGUUCUAAAGGUAAAUUUUAUAAAACGCUUUCGGUUUUACUUUCUUUAAAUAUUUUAUUUACCCUAUUGGUUUUACAGGACGGUUAUCGUAUGGAACCACCGCAUAAUUGCCCAGAAGAAAUUUACGGAGUAAUGGUCAUGUGCUGGCAAGAAAAACCAGAAUCUAGGCCACAAUUUCAAACAAUUGCAGAUUAUUUUGAGUGGUUAGUGGCCGAAGCUCUUAAAAUGGUAAUGAUUUAAUCAUAAGCUCCUUGCGAUAUGGUACGCUAAACUAAAGAAACUUAAUUUUAAGAAUCAAUCACACAUUCAAGCAGAUUUUUCAAAUUCAAACAACAUUAUUCAAAAGGAAAAAGUAAAACGUUCGUUAAGUGCUCCAGGAUUAAUGAGUAUUGAGGUAAAAAAAUUUAUUAAUUUAAAAUAAUUUAUUAUUUUUAAUUUAUUUACAUAAAACAGACUCACAAAUUAUCAAAAAUUUUUCUUCUAAUAUUUACAGGCUUUUCUUAAAAAGCAAACAAAACAUCAUCCACGACAUACCAGCCAGCCAAGCUUGAACGAAAUACAUUGUUCUCGAGCACCGAUCUCUGCAAGCGACAGAAAGUUGAAAAUCGUAUCUAGAACAUCAGUUAUCGAUAAGGAACAAUCAGUAUCAGUUGAGAACUUACAAUGCAAGGUAAUACAUACUUUUAAAGUAAUGAUUUUACAAUAAAGUAAAACCACUUUAAUUUUAUAAUAAAUUAUUAGUUGUAAAAUUGAUGAUUCUCAUAACACUUGGUUUUUUAUAAUCAUUUUUUAUAGGUUCAAACGUCUUACGAAAACUUCCCAGAUUAUAUAAACAAACCUGAUCAAGAAGAAACAAACGCGAUAAAAAGCACGUCAGCAAAAAAAGCCAGAUUACCACCAUUGCGUCAACCGCGAAUAUCAGAAUCCUCCUAUGAGUUCAAUAAAACUAAAUCUGAAGUUAAUGAUGAAGCUGUAGAACAAAAAACCAAUAAUUGUGGAGAACAGCACGCGGAAGAAAAUAAAUCUUUAAGUCCAAAUAACGAAACUCAAACAAAUCUUGUCCGAACACGUUCAGUAGAUUCAAGCUCAUCCGGCCACGGAGGAUCAAGUGCAAUGAGUAGUGCUGAAGGAUUUGGUAUAAACGAAGUAUCACAAAUAGUGUAUACGACAAUUGAAGAAUACGACCAUAAAACGUUAAAUAAAUGA